AUGUCGUCAGCAGAAGAUCUCGCUCGCCUCCUCCUCACCCUCCCCCAAGAACUCUACGACGAGAUCUACGCCUGGACAUUCACCGCCAACCCGGGUACUCGCACGAUCCGCCGCGCUGAAACCGGCCGCAACAUCCGCAAAGACAUGAGCGGUACUUCCAAUCAGACCAAAAUCAACCGCAACCUUCUCUUCGUCUCGCGCGCCACGCGAGCCCAGUUCGCGGCAUCCUAUUACGGUGGGUUCGGCGCCAAGUUCUUGGUGGAUCGCGAAUUGGUGAUUAAGUGGCUGCACACUCUGCCUGAGGAGCAUCGCGAUAUGUUCCGGCAGGUCAAGUGUCUGGUGCGCAAGGGCUAUGGCAACAGGUACAUUGACUUUCAGCUCUGCUUGUGGAAAUUGCAAAUCUCGGUGAAGAGAGAGUUUGGUUGCUGCAUUGCGUCGAAGAUGCGGAUUUGA